AUGCUAUUCCAGGAGCAGUUUGAACGCAUCAAGGCCGUAUAUCCAGGCACGAGUUACGUCUGUUUGUUGGAUAGUGACAGCGGAGACAUGAUAGCGCAGUCCGAGAUUACUGAGGUGAAUACGGACGAGAUUACUCGCACGAUCAUUAAUCUUAAGAAUGCUGCAUUGCACUUUGCGGCGACAUUGAAUCAGAUUGAUCCACAGGUUGUUCAUGUAAGAGGCGCACAGGGCAUGUUCUCCUGUUAUGGCUCUGCUCACAUGAUUUUGGCCUUUUAUAGUGAAAUGCCUGGCGUUGAUUUGGAACUCUUCGACUGUUUUGAAGCUGACAAAAGUAUCGAGCCGAUCACUGGAGAGCUGCAUCGAAUACUAGACGCUCAGUCUAGUGCCUAG